AGAGCUUGGCGCGCUAAUGCUACCACCGCCUCCAGAGAGUGAGCAGAACCAGGAGCAAAAGCAGCAGCAGUAGCAGCAGCACUGGCAGCAGAGUAGCAGCCGCGCGCGAGUUGCUUUGAAACCGCGUACGAAAGUAAAAGAAGCUUAUUGUUAGUGAGCCUCUGACAGCGGCUGUUGGAACAUAGAAAACUAAACCACGACCCCGACGCGGAAAGUAGUUAUAGUUUUCUUCUGGCAUUCGUUCUCGUUCGUUCUCAUUCGUAUAAGCCCCGAGUCGACGGAUCAAUCGUUUCGAGUUUCCACCGGGAGUUUCACACACAGUGUUUCUCUCUCGCCAGGCACGCGCCCUUCAGUUCCGUGUUUUACAACAGUGCAUAUAUAUGUAUAUAUACAGAGGCGCGUGUACUCCGAGUGUCUGUGUGCCCGUUCAUUUAACUACGUCGACGUUUUGACGUCGACAUCGACGGAAAACGAGAGAUAUUACAGCGCGCGCGCGCGCUAACUAGGAGGUAUCAGUGGUACAUGAGCUCGUGCACCGACGGACUUUGUCCACCCUUGAUCGAUGGUUCGAUGAAGCUGCAGUGUGUCUGACUGGACCGGAACCAAGCUUUUCAAACCAAUAUUCUUCGACCCGGUGUUGUCUCCACUCCGAUAUACCGAAUCCAUGUGACUUUGACUCCACCGCAAGUGCAGUUCUCGCAGCCUCCGGGUAAUAAGGUGUUCGUGUCACAAAGGGCAAGAUCUUUUCAUUGCCAGUGUUACGCGGUUUGAAAGUAAGAAAAUUACUUGGACAUUGAAGGUCGGCAGUGUUUUCCAUCCGCGAACUAUCGACAAGACCCUUCGAAUGAGAAACAUUACGCGAAGUCGUUGAGGACUUUGACGACACAAACGCAGAUUCUCUCCGGUCGACGGUUUCUCCUGGUGACUACAGGCAGCGCAGAGUGGCGCCAAUAAGACCGGCGCUAGCGUGUUCGGAUGUCCGAUUGUCAGGUUGAGUCGAGCAGGCGCUCGACUGUUAACCGUCGUCACUCGUCCCUUGGGUGUCAGGGUCAACGUGGCCGCGUCCUGACAUUCACCGUGAUUGCGGUAGAAGAGGAGGUGCUCUGGAUGUAAGAAGGUCGACGAACGAUCGUUUUCAGUUGCAGUGAAAGAAGGAAAGCAGAAAGAAAAACGCGAGAAAAGAGAACUAUUCUGAAAAGCGAAGGGAAAGUGAGGGGAGUAAAGUGAUUGAAUAAUAACAAGGGUAGAAAGACAAUCGGAUGGUAAUAGUGGUGAUCCUAAUCAUGUCGGGUCUUUUGUACACGCUUCUUGGUCUGGCGGCCAGUUCUACGUUGCACUGUGCGGUUCGCCGAGAAAUCAGCCCGUGCACGUGUCGUCGACAGGAAUUUGGGACCAUGGCGGUGUUACACGGAAACGGAAACCCGACGGUAACGGAACUGAUACAUGUCGAAUGCGAGCAGAUGCAGUCGUUCAAUCAAGUCGCCGAAGCGCUUCGCGGUAGAUUCGUACCCGAGCAACAAAUCACACUGAAAGUCGCUUAUUCGCAUCUUCACGACAUCUCAAGGCAUGACUUCAAGGAGCUGCGGAUGACAAUUACCAACCUUCAACUCAACUACAACAACCUCGGAUUUUUGGACGGACAUGCCUUUGCCGGGCUUGGGAGAACGAUGUAUCUUAGUCUUGCCGACAACGAGGUUCCCGCAAUCCCAAAGCACGUGUUGUUGCAUUUGCCUUUGCUUCGGACGUUCGACAUGGGAAGGAACAGAAUCUUGCGCAUAGAAGCGGACGACUUCAAGUAUAAUCCUGACCUCCACCACCUCGUGCUUGUCGACAAUCUUGUAACGGAACUUGAUCCCGGUUCGUUGCCACCUCUUCUGAAGCACCUUCACCUGGGAAGAAAUAACUUGGGUUCCCUCAAUCGUACGCUGAGGGAAUUGAAUCAGCUUGAAUGGCUGCUAUUGAACGAAAAUGUGCUAACGUCUUUGGACGGCGAACUGCCGACAGUGGGACGUAAUUUGAAACUGCUGCAAGUCGCUAACAACAAGUUGACCCAUCUACCGCCCGAACUCCGAUUCUUCCACCGUCUGGAUCACCUUUUUCUAAAUAAUAAUAAAAUUCAAAGCCUCGAUGGAAGGCUGCAAAAGGCACGCCGUUUGGAAAAACUCGAAAUUUCUUGCAACGAAAUACAAGAGCUUGCAGAAGACGAGUUCACGGAAGCCGAGAGUCUUGAAGAACUACAAUUGGGCCACAAUUCGAUCAAGUCCCUCGGACGUGGUAUUGGGAACGAGAACGGCAACAGCGCCCUUCUUCCACUGCGCUCCUUGAGGAUCCUUAAUUUGACUCACAACGAAUUGCGCGAAUUCUCGUUCUCGGAUUUACGCGGCCUGCGCAAGCUUUUCUUCGUCGAUCUCUCUCACAACCGGAUCACAUAUCUGAUGAAGGGUUGGACUCCGACCGAGAACCUGGUGGAAAUGGAGGGCGAAGAGAUCGCCGGAGCGAGCAUAUUCGAACUUCGGCUGCAGCACAACAAGCUGAACACUCUCGAGGGCUCCUUGUUCAUGGGAAUGCGCUCACUGCAGAGAUUAAAUCUGAGCCAUAACGCCUUGGGACCGAGCCUCGGACCCCGCGAUCUGAAGGGUCUGAACGCCCUUCGCGUCUUGGACAUAUCUCACAACGCCCUGACAACCCUCGAAGACACAAGCGAGAAUUGGCUUCCUUCCUUGGAGGAGCUCAACGCGUCUCACAACCGGUUGGUCGUACUUUCGGAGCACGAUUUCCGCGGCCUUCCGGUUCUCUGCUGGGCCGAUUUGAGCGCGAAUUGGAUACGAUCAGUCGCCGCAGACCUAGUUUCAAACACAAGAUGCACGGUACACGGCGUACCUGACGUACUUCGUAUAUAUCUUCAAGAUAACCCGGUGCUGUGCGACCCCGGCUUGGCAAACAUCACGAUUGCUUUUGAGGUGAAUCACGCGAAGCCCUACGGCGUGGCAAACGAUUGUCCGACAACUACGACAACGCCAAGUGCGCCAACAUCUUCCCUACCUCCACUUCCGCCGACUUUGUUUUUGACCGCAGCUGGUGGUAAUGUAUCCUUUGCCGCGACGCUUGAGUAAAUAAUUAAUUGAAUUAUUAUGCAAAUUCGUAUUAUGAAGACCUACGUACUACCUAGUCGCGACCUCACAGUAAUGGCCCAAGGAGGGCCAAUUCCGAUAUAAUCACCGCCACACUUCCCGUAGCCUUAAAAAAACAAAAAAAAAAAAAAAAAAAGAAAAUAACCACGAAUCGCCUAUGUAAUGUUUUUAUACAUAUAAUACAUAUUUAUGUAUAGUGUUACGACUAAUCAUCUGCAACCGACGAUAAAUUUUAAUCGAUUUUUCUGUAAAUUUAUCGCACGUUAUAUGGGCGGUAUGUAUGUCUGUCCGCAAUAAGUUGGCAAGGGACUCGAUGCGCGAGAUGCUGCGCUGUAUUGUUUGAAUAACGAUAAAUUCGAAAUUGUAAAAAAAAAAAAAAAAAAAAAAAAAACAGAAAGAAAUACGACUAACAAGACUACCUUGUCGGAUGAACAGUAUAAUAUAUAUGUUUCAAGCAGGAGUUGCACAUUUGGUAGAUUAUUAAGAGCAUGAUGAAUAAUAUAAAGGAUAUAUGUAUAUGCGAUAAGAUUCGUUAUGAGCUGUUCAGAUGUCUCAGAUGCAGAAUCUCGAAAAAAGAGUUAUAAUUAUGUAAUUCUAUCAAUCUACCAGACACUCAAUACGCUGGGACUAUCAGAAUAACAUGACCGCCUGCCAGUAAAGAACAGGACAAAGACUAAAGGUACGUUCGGACGAUGCGACCUUAUGCAAUAAAUUCAUUCUUACGUAUGGCACCGCAUGCGGCAGGUUGUAUGCGCUAAAAGGUCGCAUCGUCUAAGCGUACUUUUAUACCUUUUCAGCAUUGCCUUCGUAUUUCACAGUUACAUUGCACUUGUUCCAUCCCAACAAGUUCACAUUUGAUCAAUCCGCGAAAUGUUUCAUUUGGAGGAACAGAGAGAUCAGGACGCCGUUUUUUUUUCUUCAAAAUCUGCUGUAAAAAAUACUUACUUCGUUGCAUACACUUUUUGAUCAGGUAUAUUCUUUGAUGAUGGCUCGGUCAAGUGACACGUUAAUAGAGAACGCAAAUGUAUUUCCUUCGAAUUCUGCGAAUCGGUCAAGCAGAUACUAUCAUGAACGGCCAUUUCAGCCUCCGGUAAUAGUGUUGAACUUACAAUCUACCUCUGUCCAUCUCACUGCUUCACGUUAGUUUACAUCGAUUAUUCGAUCAUGCGACAAGCUCAGCGUUUUGUGUUAAAUUAAACGAUUACUUAACUUGUAUUUUAGCAGUAUUUUUAAUAUAUUAUUGAUAUGAUUUGUUAUUAGAGUUGGAUACCCAAUUUCGCGAUUCGAAUAAGUUUUUCAGACAAUGAUCCUGCAGGGGAUAUUUGAAUUGUUGCAGAAACAAUUUUUGUAAAUGAAAAAUUUUUCGUUCUCUUUUCACCCCUUUUUAUUCCAAUUCUUAGUUCGUCGAGGCAAGUAAACAAUUGGUGAUAAUAGGCUUGUGAAUCUACGGUCGCAAAACGUAAAGAAUUUGUAUAGUAAAGUUGGAUAUAUAUUUUUUGCAAAUAUUCAAUAUAUAUUUUUUGAAAGGAAGUUUACUUGAAACCUUGACCAUUGACCAAUGUCAAUGUCAUUGCGACUGUCAAUAUUACAGGGCUUCGAAUAGUUCAACCUAAAGUAAUCUUCGGAUGAAUAGAGAG